AUGAUAAGAAAAAAAUGGGCCUCCAACGAAAGGGUCGUCAGACCCAUCGUCAGCAAAGGAUACACCAGUCCAUUCAGCAUUAAAAAUGUAAAACAGUUGAAGGAAGAAUUAAAAAAUAAAAUAUACACAAACAUAUAUACUUUUAAUACAUUAUGUGAUGGGAUAUACACCAGUAGAGGGAUCUAUACAAUUACGGGGAGGAGAAACAGCGGGAAAAGUAGCCUGUGUGCACACAUUUGUGUGAACCUCUUUUUUAACGACGUGUUGCAUUACUUCCACCUGUUUUACUCUGCCUUUUUCGACUUUGUACAAUUUUUGGAAAAAAAAAAUGUCGAAAAUAAAUUUUGCCUGCAAACGGCAAAUCAUCUGCGCCAAGUUGGGACAGAGUUCGCCCUGGGGAAUAAAAACUUCGGCGACUUUAAGCAGCUGGUGAGGUACUUUUCCGCGCAGUUCGUCCAGUCACAAGGGGGGAAAAGCAACUGUGACAGUGUCAAUGGUGCCUGCUAUAGUGGCAGACAAGAUGACCAAAAGGGUGAAAAAGGCGAACGUGGUAAACGUGGCAAACAUUGCGAACGUGACAAACAUGGCGAGCUUGGCGAAUGCUACCAGCGCUUCUCCAAACGAAGGACCAUCUACCUCGACCUGGAUAACAGCUUCUACAUCGAGAGGUACAGAAACAUGAUCCAGGCCUCGCUCGAAAAAAUAAAAAAACUAAUGAACACGUAUAAGGAAUUUUGCUCUGAAAAAAAAUGCUCCCUCUUCCUGCUACUACUAGAGGGCGACAGAGAAAUAAAGGACUUCCUCUCACCGCUACGAAUGAAAUACAACACAACAUAUGACCCCCUCAUGCACACAUUUAAUCACCACUUGGACAGGUACAUUAACUGUAUCACCUUCUCAGAUGUGUACAAAAAUUUCCAACUUUUAAAAAUAUUUAAUUUUGGCGAACUGGUCAACGUGGUUAAUUUUAUUAGCAGCGAGUUGCAAAAAUGUGAACAGUCAUGGAGCAAGCAUUUCAGUAGAUACGUACCUUCCGACCUAGGUUUACUUGUGGUGGACAAUAUGAAUUACCUACACAGGGGGGGAUCCCAUGGGAAGAACAAAUGGGACAACGAACUAAACCAAUUGCUAAAAACCUUGUCUAAAUUAUCGACAGAAAAUAAAGUCUGUGUCCUCCUUACCAACAAUGAUAACAAAUAUUUUAAAAAAAAAGAAGAGAGGUUUUUCCAUCUCUACUCCAAAUAUGUCUACAGUCAUGUUCUCGUUAAAUUUGUCAACGAAAAAAAACUUUCCGAGUUUAACUUUCCUGCCAAGGGGGAAAGAAAAACUAGACGUGGCCACGAGAAAGGGAACCGAAACCGGAACGUACACGUGAAUGGCAGCAUGAUGAAGGACGCAAACUCCUCGCCCAGCGAACAGAGCUUCAACGAACUGUCGGGUAAUGCCCACUUGGAAGGCGAUGGAAAAGCUACCGAUGAUGAAGAUCCUGCCGAUGAUGGUGAUGAUGACGAUCUUGGCGAUUAUUCCAACCAAAGCGAUGAUGAGGAAGAUGCCAAGGAUGCCUUCUUCAAAAAAAGAUACAACCUCAGGUACAUAAAAAUAAAAAGGAAGAAACGAAAACCGGAGUUAUGCUUCUUCGAGAUAAACCAGUUCGGGAUCGAGACCAUACUGGUCUGA